GCAGUCUGCAGUGAAUAUGGCGUCACUAAAAAAGUGUAGGAGUCGAGAAACUUCAUCCAUGUAAAUAACGCUGAAUAGAAAACUACGUGAGGGUUUCUAGUUGACGCUCUACAGAUAUUUAUAUACAUUUAUCAACCAUAUAUAUUCCUGAAUAUGCCACGAAAAAAGCCAUUCAGCAACAAACAGAAGAAGAAACAGCUCCAGGUCAAACGCGAGAAAAAAAGAGGUGACACAGGUUCUGGGCCAAGCAGCCGCAAUGCAAGUGUGGAAAGGGGAGGAAGAGAGCAUCAGUCAGACACCUCCGAUAGUGAAACCACUGACAUUAGAAGAAUAAAUCAACAGCCCUUCAACAGAGAAGGUAGACAUGAUCCCAACAGGUUCCGACUACACUUUGAGAAAGAAAGUAAAGAAGAGGUGGAGAGGAGGAAGAAGAUGGCCAGGGAGACAGUGCUGAAACCAGUCUCAGACAAAGAACUUGAGGUUGACAUCAAUGACAUAUUCCCAUCAGAAAAAGGUCUUGGCUUCCCUCGUCGACCGUCUUGGACCUACGAGAUGACACGAGAGAGCCUGCUGAGGAAAGAGGAGAAGUCCUACAGAGAUUACCUGGAGGAUUUGCAUUCCAGAAACCCACCUGGCUCUCUUAGCCACUUUGAGCACAAUUUGGAGACGUGGAGACAACUAUGGAGAGUCUUGGAGAUGUCGGAUGUCAUCUUGCUUAUCGUUGACAUUAGGCACCCGGUGCUGCAGUUCCCUCCAACUCUUUACCAUUACAUCACAGGAGAUUUACAGAAGCAGGUAAUCCUGGUGCUGAACAAAGCUGACCUGUGUCCUCCGCCACUUGUGAUUGCCUGGAAGCACUACAUGACCUCCCAGUUUCCUCACCUGGAAAUAGUGUGUUUCACCUCCCACCCUGGACAACCGUACAGCACAGUGCUGCAGAAGAGGAGGAUGAGGAGAAAGGCUGACUGGAGUCAUGCAGGAGGUCUUAUUGAUAUUUUUAAAGCCUGUCAGGAGAUCACAUCAGGGAAAGUUGACCUGUCCAGCUGGGAGCAGAAGAUUCAGAGAGAUGCUGUUGCCGAGCGACUUGACGGAGAACGGACAGAUGAAGGAGUGGAGUCUGUGCUUGUGGAGCAUCAAAGCGAUAGUGCUAUGGAGAUGAGCAACCCAUCACAGGAGCUUUAUAAAGAUGGGAUACUCACGUUGGGCUGCAUAGGUUUUCCAAAUGUUGGCAAGUCAUCUGUUAUAAACAGCCUAGUUGGGAGGAAAGUUGUGAGUGUGUCUCGCACCCCAGGCCACACCAAAUACUUCCAGACCUACUACCUCACCCCGACAGUCAAACUCUGCGACUGCCCAGGGCUGGUCUUCCCUUCCCGUGUAAAUAAGCAGCUGCAGAUUCUGGCAGGCAUUUACCCAGUGUCCCAGCUGCAAGACCCUUACACCUCAAUUGGCUAUUUGUGUGAGAGGACCCCUUUCCUUUCUGUGCUGAAGCUCAAACAUCCCAGUCUGCAGGAGAGCGAACCGCAGCAAGAACAACAGGGCUCUGAAGAACCCAGCUGGACUGCCUGGGAUGUCUGUGAGGCCUGGGCUGAAAGGAGAGGCUAUAAAACAGCAAAAGCAGCUCGCAACGAUGUCUAUCGUGCAGCAAAUAGUCUCCUAAGGCUGGCAAUUGACGGUAGAUUGUGUCUCUGCCUCAGACCACCUGGCUACAGUUGUCUGAGAGAGCAGUGGGAAAAUCACCCCGACUUGCCAGAGAUUUUGGCUCUCCAAGGAAGGGCAACAGAGGAGGAAGGAGCAGAGGAAAGGGAUGAUGAAGAGGAUGGAGAGUCCAGCACAGAGCCAGAGGAGGAAAGAGACCGGGAUGCAGAUGAUGAUGAGGAUGGAGAUGAUGAAGAUGAGGGUUUGGGGCAUCAGAGACAGAAGGACGGGAAGUCAUCUGGCUUCACUGUCAACAUGUACAAUGUGCUCCGGGAAAAUGAAUGUGAGUGAGAUGAGGAGGAAAGACGAGCAGGAAAUAUUAACUGGGCCGAAUUUUCUGACUUUGGCCUGUGUACAUUUUUCAUUCCUUGUAUUUCCCAAACCUGCAUUCCCUCUCAUGAUAUGUUUUUGCCUUUUCCAUCUGCACUCCUUAAGUCAUUCAUCUCUGUAGAUUAACCAGAUCUGUUCUUAUUCGCUUAGUUUGCUUCGACUUGUAACAUACAGAGCAUAUUUAUGUAUGUCAUCCUGUGCCUCUGCUCUGCUUGUUCAUCCUCAAAGCUUGUUCUUCACUGUUGCUUUCAGGAAUGAGUUUGGUUUGAUCUUUUGUUUUUUUUUUAGCUUGCAUGUAGUUCUUAGAAACAAUUGAACAAAGUAAUUUUUCUGAGCCUGGAAUAAUAAACUAACUGAUUUUCAGUUUUUUCACUAGUAAGUGACCUCACAGCUUAGAUGCCAAAGUUCAGGAAAUGAUGAUGAAACAAAUCAGAUGCACUGUUUAAUAAGAUGUCAUUCACUGGAGCAGCCUCUUGGCUCUCAGAGCUGCUGGAGAUUUAGGAAAUCAAAAUCUUCUUUCUAGACCGUAACAUUUGAUAAGUUGGUGUGUAAAGAGAUUAUUGGAGAGAACUGAUUUCACACAGUUUUGAAAGUAAAAAUAUUGUAGAUCUGUCAAAUGAUGUUUAUAUGAACUUGGUUUUGAUAGUAUAAUAUGCAAGAAUGAUAUAGUAUUUGGUUAAAAUUAAUAAAUAUUUUUGGGGUUGGAGGAGGCAAAUGGUGUUGAAUCCUGUUUUGCUGGACUAGGUUUUUCAGGAAUUAAACCUAAUGUUUUAAUUACUACAGGUGUCCUUAGAUGCUGAGAGGGAUUUUCAGUAUUUAGUGCAGGGUGUCACUUUACUCAUUCAGCCUAUUUAUAUGCUAAUGCCAGCAAAUUGGCUCUGAUACAAUCGAGUCUCCUUUCAAAAUCUGUUAAAGGGAAACUUUGACAAUUUUUGAAAAUAUUUUUGGCCUGGUUAUGUCAAAUGCCUAAAAAAUAAAUGAUGAAUGAUGAUUAUUUCUGUACAAAAAAAGGUAGUAAAAGCAAUUACAUUCUUUAAUUUAUUUACUUGUAGUAGAUUAUCCUGUUGUCAUCCUGAGGUUGUGAGACUGCCAGCAGAGACAAAAAAAUCCCAAUUAACUCACAACCUACUGAUCUUUUGAAUACUUUAUAAAGCUGAAGCAAGAUUUAAAGAUGCCAGUUGUCUUUUUGACAAUGCAAGGCUGCCUGGUUCCCUUUGCUUGUGAUCUCCGCACUGUGCUGACAAGUUGUGAGCUGCAGAUGUGUCUGCUAAAUAUACAUACUUCUAUCAAGAAGCAAAUUUACCAAAAAUGCAGGCUUAGUUCUUUAACUACACAGAAAAAAAGAAUCUGGCCACAUCUUUUUAAAUAACAUUUCCUCCAUUAGGUGUCUUCAAAUAAGAAGACAUCUCUGUUGUUUGAUCGGCCUUUCACAAUUUCUCUGUGAUGUACAAUGGUCCCACACAUCUGCAGUCCUGACUGCUGCAUUGUGCACUUGGUUGUACCUCAUUUGUCUGUCCAUAGAGGGACUCUGCAGCACAGUGCUGUGUUACUGUGUAAUACACCACACUGCAGCUGCACACAGUCCUUUCUGCAAUCGGUACAGUGAAAGCCGUGAGUAAACACUACCGUUCUGUUAAACAGCAGAAUUUUUGUUGUUUGUGGAUUCUUGUUUUCUUUUUUUCUGGAAAUAUUUAAAAUGUAUGGAGAAUAUAGUAUGAGUGUAAAGGCUUGAGGUGUGUUCAGGCAGUUUGCUGCUUUCUUCAUUUCAUUCCUAGAAAGCCAAAUAAUGGCUGGAACUGCUUUCUGCAAUUAAAAAAGAAAAAUCCUCAA